GGUGGAAGCAAUGUUAUUCAACGUCGAACGUAAAGCGGCGAAUUCUGAGAACGGAGUAAGCAAAAGAACUCCAACAUGCCGAGGUAAAAGCUGCAACGGGAAAAUCAAAUGAGGGACAAGGGACAUUUAAUAAGUCCAUCCCGCAGUCCAGACUCCAGAUUCUAUCUUCCCUGCCGCUUUCCCUUGUCCAUCUUUCAUCCGCCUGACCUUACUUCACUUCUGACCUUUUUGUACUUUACGAAACGGGUGAGAACGAUUUCACAAUGGCCACUACCACGCAAAGACUGGGGUCGAUCUUCUCGCAGUUGUCGGGCGGAAAGACCGGUGUCGCCGCAAUCACGCAGAAGAACCCCGAUGAUAUCGUCAUCACCCUCGCUGCUCGAACUCCUCUAGCAAAAGGAAACAAGGGUGGUUUCAAGGACACCGACCUCGACUAUAUUGUGUACGCACUAUUGAAGCAGGUGUUGGAGAAGAGCAAGCUUGACCCCUCGUUGGUCGAGGAUGUCUGCUUAGGAAACGUCGGCGACAUCAGAGCUGCAUACAAGACUCGAGCUGCCUCCCUUGCAGCUGGAAUCCCCCACACAGCCGGUUGCAGCAGCGUCAACAGGUUCUGCUCCAGCGGUCUCAAAGCCGUACAAGACAUUGCCAACCAGAUUUCAAAUGGCAGCAUCGAUAUCGGUAUCGCUGUGGGUGGCGAGAGCAUGACUGGCAACUACCGCGGUGGUGGCGCAGACUCAGGAUUCUCAGAAGCCUUGAUGAAGAACCAAGAAGCGGCCGACUGCACACAACCCAUGAUUCAGACCUCGGAGAACGUCAGCAAUGACUUCAACAUCUCCCGGCAACAGCAAGACGAGUACGCCUGCGAGUCGUUUCGAAGAGCCGAGGUCGCUCAAAAGGCUGGCUGGUUCGACGACGAAAUCGUACCCAUCACCACCAAGGUCAAGGAUCCCAAGACUGGCGAGGAGAAGGAAAUCACCUUGACCAAAGAUGAGGGUCCGAGAUACGGAACAACCAUUGAGAGUUUGUCCAAGAUUAGACCGGCCAUGCCACAGUUUGGGGACCAUACUAGCGGUGGUAACGCGAGUCAAGUCACCGACGGAGCUGCUGCUGUACUGCUGAUGAAGCGAUCCAAGGCCAUUGAAUUGGGUCAACCCAUUGUGGCCAAGUUCUGCGGUGCAACCGUUGCCGGUGUGCCUCCCCGUAUCAUGGGUAUUGGUCCUUCGGUCGCCGUCCCCAAGCUUCUUGCCAAAUUCCAACUUACCAAGGACGACAUUGACAUUUUCGAGAUCAACGAGGCUUUCGCCUCAAUGGCCGUCUACUGCUUGAAUAUUUUGGGUCUUGAUCAUGCCAAGGUGAACCCUCGUGGUGGUGCUAUCGCCCUUGGUCAUCCUCUGGGCGCGACCGGUGCCAGACAGAUCUGCACUAUCCUCAGUGAAGCACGGAGGACGAAGAAGAAGAUUCUUGUCACUUCCAUGUGCAUUGGCUCUGGUCAAGGAAUGGCUGGUCUAUUUGUCAAUGAGCAAGUGUAGGUCAGCAUUGGAGGGUGGCUUUGGAAUCUUGAGCAUGUUUGAUUUCAAAAGCACAUAGCGUCAAUGAUACGUUGAAUGUCACAUUGCGAGAUCCUGAUCAAUUCUGUUCCGCUCAGAGCUUGCCGC